AGGAACCCAGGGGAGGCAGCAACAAGUUGAGCUGAAGACUGCAGGCGAGCGCCGGGUCAGGUGACCGCCGUCGCUACCACCUAAGGAGACCUCAGCAACGAUGGCCUCCUGCCCAGAUGCGGACAAUAGCUGGGUGCUCGCAGGCUCAGAGAGCCUGCCCGUGGAGACCCUGGGCCCAGAGUCAAGGGUGGUCCUAGAAACUGAGAGAGUUCCCCCAGCUCCUCACAGCCCCUCACAGUCUGCUGCUGAAGCUGGGAUCCCAAGCGGCCAAGAGCCCGUCUCCCAGAGCGAUGGCUCCCAGGAUGGCUCAGUCCCACCAGGGGAGCCUAAGGCGCAGGGCAUCCUGGAAGCUGAGGGCCCCGACGUGGAACCGCCUGGCCCCGGAGACACGCAGCUGCCAGGAGACUCGGAGGAGCCCCCCUCAGAGAAGCCCUCCGUAGAGGAGCACCCUGUGGAGGCAGACUCGGAUAUAGCUGUUCCGGAGGAGCCCCCCGUGUCUGGGGACACCGGGUCCAGGAGCCAGCCCCCGCCCCCGCUCCACAAAGCUGAGUGGCUCAGGACCGGGGCCCAGCGCUCCAGCAGCGAUGAUGACACCGAUGUGGAUGUGGAGGGCCUGCGCAGGCGACGGGGCCGUGACCCGGGGCCCCCUCGGCCUGUGGCCUCCCUGGGCAUGUCCGAGCCAGCCAGGCAGGAAGAAGCAGGUUGGGAACUGGGCAUCUCCCUCAAUAUGUGCCUCCUCGGGGCCCUGGUGCUGCUGGGCCUGGGCAUCCUGCUCUUCUCUGGUGGCCUCUCGGAGUCUGAGAGUGGGCCCACCACGGAGGAAGCAGAGGCACAGGAAUUUGUGGACUCUGAGGGGCCUGAUGCCAGGGGGCCCGGGCAGGUGGGGCCCAGGCAGCAGCCCUCAGCAUCCCCCGAAGGUGCCCUGAGCCUGCAGAGCAUGGCCCUGCUCCUGGACAAGCUGGCGAAGGAGAACCAGGAUAUCCGGCUGCUGCAGGCACAGUUGCAGACCCAGAAGGAGGAGCUCCAGAGCCUGCUGCAUCAGCCCAGGGGGCUCGAGGAGGAGAACGCGCAGCUGCGGGGAGCCCUGCAGCAGGGCCAGGCGUCCCAGCGGGCUCUGGAGUCGGAGCUGCAGCAGCUGCGGGCCCGGCUGCAGGGCCUGGAGGCCGACUGUGAGCGGGGCACGGACGGGGUGUGCCUGGGCCGGGGCAUGGGGCCCCGGGGGGGCCCAGUCCCCCGGGAGCCAGGCCCCGGCUUCCUGGAGCAGCAGCAGCGGCUGGAGGCUGAGGCCCAGGCCCUGCGGCGAGAGCUGGAGCGGCAGCGGCAGCUGCUGGGCUCCGCGUGGCAGGACCUGGAGCGCGGCCUGAAGCACGUGAGCAGAGGUGAUGGGGCGGCGGCCGACCUGGCCGACCUGGACCUCAAGCUGGCCCGGAAGCUGGAGGGCCUGCAGCACCCCUGGGGCCAGGACUCUGGGGUGCCCGCAAACACCUCGAAGCCUUGGCGUCAGGAGCCUCGGUCCCCGAGCGCCAAGGAGCGGAGUGGCCGGGAGAAGUGGCAGGAUAGUCAGGGCCACCGAAAGGCCGAGCCCUGGAAGCACCAGAAGGAGGAGUCGGGCUGGGAGAGGAAGAAGAGCUGGGGGGGCGAGGCUGGGGGGCCGUCAGGGAGCUGGAAGGACGGCAAGCGAGAGGGCCAGCGGCAGCACCCCCAGGAGCACCCCAGGAGAAGUGGGAACCCCCACUCCUCUGCGGAAAGACAGAAGCAUCCUCGGUGGAGAGAAGAGGCUACAGACCGGCAUGACCGCCCGCUCUGGGCAGAGCUGUCCAGGCGCAAGUACCGGGCCCCGCAGGGCUGCUCAGGGCUGCGUGACUGUGCCCGGCAGGAGGGCCUGGCCCUCUUUGGCACCGAGCUGGCACCCGUGCGGCAGGAGGAGCUGGCCUCAGUGCUUAGCACCUAUCUGGCGCGGCUGCCCUGGGCCGGCCCCAUGCGCCAGGAGCUUCCCCUGUCCCCGGCUUACUUCAGCGAGGAUGGCUUCUUUCGCCAUGACCGCUUCCGUUUCCGGGACUUUGUGGAUGCCCUGGAGGACAGCCUGGAGGAAGCAGCCGUGAGGCAGACGGGGGAUGACGAUGUGGUGGAUGACUUUGAGGACUUCAUCUUCAACCACUUCUUUGGGGAGAAAGCACUGAAGAAGAGGUCCGGGAAGAAGGACAAGAGCUCCUGGAGCCCCCGAGUGGUGGGGCCGCGUGAGGAGCACAGCCAGCACCACAGGGGCUGAGGCCAGCGAGGGCCACUUCAGGGUCUUGGACAGCGGGAAUAGCAGAGCCUUUGGGUAGCAGAGCACAGCCCGAGCCUAGGAGCCAGCACCACUAGGCUGGCCGACACUGGUCUGGCGGGCUAUGCAAAUGUAUGCAAAUGCAGAGCCUGUUUGCGGCGGCGGCUGGGGAGAGCAGCCUGAGCAGGGGCGGGAGGAGUUGGGUGAGUGGUGGCCCGUAUGACCUUCCUAUUCUGAAGCCAAAUGCUUUCCUCCUGUGUGUGUGUGCACGCGUGUGUGCCCCCGUGGGGACCCUGGGACCCCACUCUGGCCAAGCGUCGCUGACUGGAGGCUGUCCCUCGGGUUGUCUCCAGACAAUGAAGUUCCUUUUGCACCCAGCCCUCACAUGGCCUCAAUGCCCUUCAGCCUCCCGUCCCAGGAAAACGCUGUUUGGGCUGUGGCAUCGGUGGAGAGGGUUCCUUGGCCCGGGGUGUCCCACACCCACCACCGUUCUAGACACUGGCACUCACCUCCUUUCCCUCACCCGGGAUGCCCCGGCCCUCUGGGGUGAUGCUCCCUACUGGUGCUCAGGGACCUGGGCUGCACCUCCCCUCUCUGCACAGAAAAUGAAUGCGGGUGUUGGAGUCUGAGCUUCGGGCUCUAAUCUGGGCUCAGUGAUCUGAGCCACUUAAUUCGGGAGCCUUGGGGUUAUGUGUUUCAGAAAAGAGAAUGGAAAUAAAACCGUGUAAACCUG